CAUGCGCCAAGCACCGCCUUGUCACACAGUCGCAGUGCAGGCGGGCGCUGCCUAUCGCCCCGGUGCGGUACAAGAGGGCCUUUGCUGCCAGACGGUGGGCCGCCCACCUAUCCGCCUGCUCACAUUUGUGUAGGCGUCUACCCUCGGCCAGAAGUGGAAGUUGGAGCCUCUUUCCUCGUGGGGACCAGACGCGGAUGGCGGACCCUGACGGGAGGCUCAACCAGAGGUUAGAUGACGACCGUCGCAUCAAGACCACCAGGACAGGAGAAUUGGAGGCGAGGACGGAGGGUGUGUCUUGCCAAGCAGCCGAGAUCGACAGGACCCCAGCCGGGGCCCGUGUCGCCAUUGCGGGGAGAAAGCUGCGAGUUCCGCAAUCGGGAAAGCCUGCUCGCGUCACAGGCGAGGCCACUCACUGCCGGGCUAUGAUGCGGCUGAUUCGCCAACCUGCAGCCAUUCGGUGGGCGCUGCGCAGCCUGUCGCCACGCCCUCUUUGUGGUGGUGUUUGGUUGGAGAGGGAGAGACACGAGGCACCUUUGCGAGUG